AUGAUUGUGUCGCAAUUUUCGAUCCUUGAGAUCGGUGACUCUGGUGACGAGCUGUUCAUGAGCCCAUACCAAGUACGACAGGAAAUUUCUCGACUUAUGGGCGUUUUUGAGGAUGUCACGUCUGGGCUCGUUGCUUUGUACAUGAGGCGAUCGGCGGAACUCAUAUGUGUGGUUGCUGCUCUUCUUGAGAAGAGCGUUCCUUUCGCGUUCGUUUGCUCACAGGGCGAUGCUUCCUCAUUUGGUGCGCGAUGGAUUUUCGACGGGAAAGAGUUGAUCGAACUUCCUUCCAACAAUCUGGACAUCGAAAAUACACCAAAGGGCUUAUGCUACGUAAUAAGAACAUCUGGAAGCACUGGCGUGCCAAAACUGGUCGGCGUUCCAUAUUCCUGCAUUGAGCCCAACAUUGAAGACUUCAGGGAGAGAUUCGCAAUUUCACAUGAAGAUAUCAUUUUAUGCUCAACGUCUUUCCUAUUCGACCCUUCCAUAGUAGAGCUGUUUCUUUCCUUCGUCAGCGGCGCCCGUUUGCUGCUUGUCUCAGAUAAUGCUCGUUCGCAACCACAUUUGUUGUCGGGUGUCUUGAAAAAAUACAGGCCGUCAGUCGUACAGGUAACUCCAUCGGUCCUAUCGCUUCUGGACGACAACACCACUGCAUGGAUGCUAGGCGAUUUAUCUCCAAUCCGAUGCCUUCUCAUAGGAGGCGAACAAUUUCCGGUGCAUCUUGUGAACCGUUUCCGCACAGCUACAAAUUCGACCAAAGUUUUCAAUGUUUAUGGUGUAACUGAAGUCUCGUGUUGGGCUACUGUUUCUGAAGUAAAAUACAGGUCUGAAAUACUGUAUGCUGUUUUGUAA